AGAGAAGGGAAGGCAGUUGGAGACGACGGCAACAGAGCAGCUCGUCCAGACUGCUGUGUGCUAUGUGAGCCGUAAACAUUCAUUCGAGUUACUGGAGUUUUAGCUAGAUGAUUUACCUAUUUAUUGUUUUUUUAAAUUACUAACGUACAACGUACGUACAUGGCUGCGACAGGACACCAGGCCUGCUCGGAACGAGAAGGCCUGUCCAGCUCAGUGACUUACUAUGGCUCCACAGACAGCGGAGAGCAUGACCAUCGGCGUAACGAUCAAUGCAACAACCAUAGCAACCAUUUGUUUCCCACGACGACAGCAGGUCAUUGGGUCGGAUCUGAUGUGGAAGAGGAGGCCAUUCGCAGGAAGUUGAAAUACUUCUUCAUGAGCCCUUGUGAUAAAUUUUACGCCAAGGGUCGCAAGCCUUACAAGCUGAUCCUGCAACUGCUCAAGAUCAUUAUUGUCACAGCUCAGUUAGUGCUGUUUGGCCUUAGCAACCAGGUAGUGGUGACCUUCAAGGAGGAGAAUACUAUGACCUUCAAGCACCUCUUCCUCAAAGACUACGACGAGUCCUCAGACAACUCCUUUGCUGUUUACACGCAGAACGACGUCUACGACCACAUCUUCUAUGCCGUGGAGCAGUAUCUGGCCUUACCGGAGACCACAGUGGGACGCUAUGCAUACGUCUACGGUGUUGGUGUGAACAACAGUGCGCUCUCCCUCUGCCAACAGUACUACAAGAAGGGAAGCAUCGACCCAGCCAAUGACACCUUCAGUAUAGACCCUCAUGUCGUCACAGACUGUAUAGGUGUAGAUCCACUGGCGGUCCCUUCAGCUCGGCUCACCAGCAGCUACAAGAACUUUACACUCAAGUUCCACAAGCUCAUUAACGUCACCAUAGAGUUCCAGUUGAAGGCGAUCAAUAUACAGACCAUCAUCAACAACGAGAUUCCAGAUUGCUACACUUUUACCAUAACAAUAGUCCUGGACAACAAGGCUCACAGCGGCAAGGUGAAGAUCCAGUUACAAAACCAGGCGUCAAUAAAGGAGUGUAAAGACCCGAGCGUCUCUGGACACGGUGAGAUGACUGAGAACUACACUCGUGUAGCGUUUGAUGUCGCUGUGGCUCUGGUGUGCAUGCUGUCACUGCUGCUGUGUGGACGCUCCAUACUGCGAGGCAUCAUGCUGCAACAGGAGUUUGUGCAGUUCUUUGGGGAGACUCUGGAUCGUAAAGUCUGCUGGGCAGACCGGUUGGAGUUCAUUAAUGGAUGGUAUAUUCUCCUUAUCAUCAGUGACAUCCUCACCAUCACUGGCAGCGUCAUCAAAAUCGGCAUUGAGUCUAAGAAUAUGUCCUCAUAUGACUUAUGCGGCAUCCUGUUGGGUUCCUCCACACUAUUGGUGUGGGUCGGAGUAAUUCGCUACCUCACAUUCUUCCAGAAGUACAAUAUCCUGAUCGUGACACUUCGAGCAGCAUUUCCCAAUGUGAUUCGGUUCUGCUGCUGCGUGGCUGUCAUCUAUCUGGGCUACUGUUUCUGUGGCUGGAUCGUCCUGGGACCAUACCAUGUCAAGUUCCGUUCUCUGUCCAUGGUGUCCGAGUGCCUGUUUUCCCUCAUCAACGGGGACGACAUGUUUGUGACGUUUGCGGAGAUGCAGGAGAGCAGCACUCUGGUGUGGCUGUUUAGCCAAAUUUACCUGUACACCUUCAUCUCCCUCUUCAUCUACAUGGUGCUGUCACUGUUUAUUGCACUCAUCACAGGAGCCUACGAGACCAUCAAGCACCAAACCCAAGAACCAAUGCACAUCACAGACCUGCAUGCCUUCAUAGCAGAGUGUAAGGACGCACCAAACUCUGGGAAGUUCAGAGGUCUGGAGACCUCGCCUUGCUCCUUCUUCUGCUGCUGUGACAGGACAACGACAUAUGAGGAUGUCCUGCUGGUGAAUUGAAGUUGACUUCACUGACCUCAGAAGCCUCACCAUCCUCCCCUGCUGACCACAGGGAUGCACUGCACUGCACUCCUGACGCCCAGUGUCUCUGUACCACCAUGCUGUAUCUGGGUCAAACCUCAUCACUCAUUUUAGGGAGGAGUCACCAUCAGCUGGACCCGCACUCGGUUGAAGGAAUGUGUAACAGAAGUCUUCUUGUUGGACCUCUUAUCUUUUCUGUCUAUGAAGAAGAAACUGAGGGCUGAUGCAGAAAUUGGCCUGUCCUCUGUAUGGACAGGACUUAAGCAUCCUGAAUGACUAAUGCACAGAUGCUUCUCUGUUCCUUGUUGGGUUUUAAAAGAAAAUAGUAUCUUUUCCCAUGUAUUUAAAGGUGCAAUAUGUAAUGCUGACAACAAGUGGUUAAAAUAGUUACUGCAGUACAAAUUCAAAAUACUGGAGAGAGUUGUCUCCCCCCCUCCUCCUCCCCAGACUUGAAGUUCAUGAAGGUUGCCAGGCUGAGACCGUAGCAACCAUAGGCUCGCUUUGCCAGACCCUCUUUCAAAGCGCGCUGAAAUAGCAUCCACAAGAAUGUUGCUGUCUCGUACAUAGCCAAACAUUACUUCACAGCACAGCAGAGUUAAAAUGAGAUAAAAUGCCCAUCCCGUGUAGCUGUGACAAAUUGUGUGAAAAAUUAUUAUCAGGAGAUUUUGACGCUGCGUUGAAGCGAGCCGUCCCGUCACUGUUCCCAUGGUCAAAGCUGGAACCAGAGAAGGUCGGCUAACAUCUGUGUCCUGUCAAUGCCGACAGCAAUGUGCCCAAGCAACUGACAGUUAACAUGUCAUGAAUUUAUGUUUAGUCUUGCUACACGUAAUAUCAAUGCAGUUUAUCAGCCGCGGAAAGUAACUAUACCGUAGGCUACUUUGAUUCAAUUGUAAGGUGCUUUUAGUUGAGUCAUUUUCUCCUACUUACUAGGCUACUUCUACAAUUCAGAGUCAAGUAGGCUAUUGUACGUUUUACUAUUAUUUUUUAGCUUUAAUUACUUUGCAGAUUCAGAUUAAUACAUAAUAAUGUGCAUAAAUGAUGAUGUAUAUAGCGGAUAAAGUUGAGACUUUGUUGAUCCUGUGGUGAAAUUCCUACCUGCCAAGUAAUACUUUUAUUUUGGUGAAAGUAACUCAAAAGUAACGCAAAAGUAGUGUAAAGCAUACAAUUCAGAGACAGUAGUAUUGUAAUAUAACUAAUUACCCUCAAAUGACAGUAACUAGUAAUCAAUAGUGUAUUACAUUUUAAAAGUAACUUGCCCAACAAUGCAUAUUGGACCUUUAAUGAUGCACAAUGUUAAACGGGGCAGGACCUAUUGCCAAGGUACUAAGUGGGUACAGAUGCUACUACGAGGAUCUGUUUUUAAACUGUUUUUAUUUUUUGUGUUUUUCCUUUUAUAGUAUUUCAAAAUAGUUAUUUUUUUAGAACAGGGCACUUAGACAUGUCAAAAAACAUAUCCAACAAAUUAUCCUUUUCCUUACACCCAAUAACUCAAACACCAUAAUGUCCCUUACACUCAAAACACAUUAUUUGCUCCAAAAACUACAUGAGCGAUGUAAAUUCAUACUGAAUGAACAAAAUCCACCUUAUCGUAGUCUUAUUUUUUUUUUUGUGAGGGCAUUUUAGGCUUUUAUUUUCACAGGAUAGAUGAAGACAUGAAAGGGGAAAGAGAGGAGGAAUGACAUGCAGCAAAGGGCCGCAGGUUGGAGUCGAACGCGCGGCCGCCGCUUCGAGGAGUAAACCUCUAUAUAUGUCCGCCUGCUCUACCAGCUGAGCUAACCCGGCCACAUAGUAGUCUUUUUUUAAGACAAUCAGGGAGAUGGAGUCCAGAAAAAAGGUUGAAUAACAGGACCACAAACAAACGUACAGUAUGAGGUUUCAGGUGUGGAAUUGAUUUGUUUCUCUCCUGUGACUUGCACCUUCAGUAUUAAGUGUCAAAUUGAUUCUUUAGCUGCUGUUUUACUGCACAAGCAUCACAUUGCCUUCAAAUGUGGAUACUAGUAUUACUGCUGUUGUAGAUUGUGUAAUGUGUUGCAUUGAUGUGGUUAGCUACAACAACAAAAGCUAUCCUCCAUAUGCAUUCAUUCAUUUCUUUAAUGAUACCAAAGUAUGUGAAAGAACAAAGAAUUCAUCUUUUAGAAGGUAGAAAUGUUAGCCCCUAUCUUCAUUUCUAUAUGACACUGAUGGCUACAGUCUACAAACUGUAUCCGACGUAUUUCAAGAGAAAAAUGACUUGAAUUGCCUGACAAUUUGGAGCAAGGUUUAGGGUAGAUAACAAGAAGGCAACUUAAUGAUAGCAGAAGCAUAUGUGUAGCUUCGUAAUAAUGUCCUAGAAUAGUGAUUCAUGCUUUUCAGUCAGUCUGUUGUCUUCAUAAUGAUGUCUUGUCUAAAACUGUAACACAGUGACUGGAUCUUUUAGUAGACAUAUUUAAAGGAGUCUCGUAGUCUGGACUCCAGAAGUUGUUUUUAGGAAAAAUGUUUCUUUUAUGAAGAGAGAAGAUCUCUAGUUCAGUAGCGGGGUUAAUGGGAUGGAAGAUGACAGUAUUCUUUUUAUAUUUUGUUCAAUUAACCAGCAGUGUCACAUUUUAACUAACUUUGGAUCUAGAUGAUAAAUGUAUGUAAAAUGUAUCACUGGCCUUAACUUUAAAUUAUAUGUCUUGCAUGUAUGUAUAAUCUAGCAUCAUCUAGAUGUACCUUUCCUACCGUUUGUUUUAUUGUAAAAAAUGAUCUGCACUUGAACUGUACUUCACAAAUGCAACCAUUAGAAACAAGGUUAUCCUGAAGUCAUCCACUUGGUGUCAUAUAUAAUUCUAAUCUACAGAAUAAGGUUUUACACAUCAUCUUUGAUAUUAAAAAAAAUGUUUUGUUUCAUUUUGUAUUAUGAUCUAAUUUCAUCUACAGUAACUUUGGGUGCAGUUCCUGUGGAUUGUCAGAAGAGGGAAAUGUGUCUGGUCUGGAUACCUAUCCAUGCAACACUGUACUGUACUAAAGGACUACAAGUUUUAUUUUU